AUGCGCGACGGGCGAGACAACCCUGUGUUGCCCCCGCACUGCUCCGGCCAGCAACGAGCAGACGAGCAGGACCCGGCGGCCGCAGCUGGCGGAACCUUUUUUCCGCGCGGCGACAGGAAGGGCUGCGAGGUGGAAGACAGGUUGAAUUGCGGCGGGCGAGGCGCUGCUCUGGGCGGUACGGGCGGGCGGCGGCGUCCCAAACCCGGAGCGUUCGGGGCAGCCGGCGCAGGCGGGCUUUCCCACAUGGAGACGGAGCAAGUGCUGAAACGCUUGUAUGUUGGAGGGCUUGCCCACGAGGUGUCUAAGGCUGAGCUGCAGGAAAGAUUUGGCAAGUUUGGCCAUGUUUUGGAUACGGAGAUUAUUACCAGACAAGAUGAUCAGGGGAACCCUCUGAAAACUUUUGCUUACAUCAGUGUCAGCAUUUCGGAUGCAGAUCUUAGAAAGUGGAAAGGGGGGACCCUGCAAAUUCAGUUGGCCAAAGAAAGCUUCUUGCACAGGCUGGCCAGGGAGAGGGAAGAAGCAAAGCUGCAGCAAGAAAAGCCACAGAGAAAUGGCCAAAUGUCUCUGUUAGAAUCGCUGAAAAAGGCAGGAGUUGUGGACUUCCAUAUGAAAGCAGUACCAGGUACAGAGGUGCCAGAUCAUAAGAAAUGGGUUGUUGGUAAAUUUGGCAGAGUCUUGCCUAUCCUGCACCUUAGGAGUCAACAGAAAAAGAAAAUUGUGAAAUACGACCCGUCAAAAUAUUGCCAUAAUCUUAGAAAGCUGGAGCCAGACUUGGCACGUGCUGUUCCUGUAUCUGAGCUCUCUUGGCGCUUGGAAGAGAGAGGUGACAGCAUAAACACAAAGCGGAAAGGAGAGUCCCCUCUAAUGAAGAAGCCACCUAAAAAACUGAGGCACUUGGGCAGUGAGGCUCUGAAUGGAGCAGUAGUUCUCUCCUCUGGGUGCCAGUCGCAUUCAAAAGCCACAAGCUCACGACAGCUAGAUCACCGAUCAAAGCGGAAACCCAAAGAGAAGUCUAAAUUGCCUCCGUCGAGGAGUCUUAAUAGUAAAAUAUCUGGGAGAGGCAUAUUACGAGAUGAAAGCAAUGUUUCUGGUGUUACAGUUCAAAAUAAUAUGAGUGUUUCUGAGAGUGAUACUGAUUCUGAAGAGGAAAUCAGAGCAAUGGGAGAGAGAGAGAGAGAAGUACAGAAAGCUGAAAAUGGCGAGGCUGAAAGUGACCACUUGGAAAUUGUUGGGGACAAUUGUGAAUUAAAAUACAGUAGUUACAGGUCUUUAAGCAAUCCAGAUGCCAUGAAGCAAGCUAUCAAAGGAAGUUUUAGAGAGAAAGAGACUAUGGAAUGUGAUACUGGUGAUCAGUCAGCAGGUACAGGUGAAAUUAUUGCUGAAAGUAAAACUCCACAUCUACGUAGCAGGAACUCUACAGUUUUAGAAGAUUUUAAACAGGUGAAGAUGGAAAAUGAAGAACUCUUAACUGAGAAAAAAAGUGAUUUGGUAAAUGACUCCUCAGUAAAAACUCAUAAUUUAAAAGAAUAUGUUGAAAAAAAAGGGAAAAAGAAAAAAUCCCAAACUGCUGCCUUGCAGAGCACAGCAGGUAACAGUACAACAAAGACAAGUGAUAGUGAAAGCUCUUGUUCAGAGCCUGAGAAAGGGGAGUCUGAAAUCAGUUCGGAUUAUGAAAGCAUGACGCAAAACUGUUACCGCUUAGACCUUACAUUGGAUGACUUACAAGCAUUAGCUAUUGGGACACGCGGAGCAGAAUUGGACAGCACACAGAGCUCUAGUCAGCGCAGUGUUGAAGCAUAUCCUAAGGGUAAUGUUGCCAAUAAAACAAAACUUUCUAAAUUUUGCCCUGCAGUUAGGAAAAAAUGUAUCUGUCCUGAAGAUGUAGUUGCUGCGAUUUUAGUGGGGGAGGAGGAUGCUGACGAAGCAAGCUCCAAGGGACAAAAUAACUUGCGUUUGAAAUAUCAGCCCUUCAGAGGAAUGGGGACCCUUUGUGAAAAAGAGUUACCGAGGGACAGCACUGGUUUAGAGAAGGGGUCUGGAGAAAGAUUAGAUCUUGGAGCUUGUGUUUCUUCCUGUGGGGAGGAGUCGUCUCAAAGACAGUGGAAGAACCAUCCAAUGUAUUCACUUGAACUCAGCAGUAAAAAGAGACAAAAUACGCGUUGUGAACCGCUCGAGGAACUGUCAGAUGCCACCUCCUUUGCAGAUGAGAGAGGUCAGCCUGGGUCCAGGCCACACCUGCAAGGAAAGAACAAAGAUGCGAGUUCUAUGCAAGACAAGCAAAAUUCAGAGCACGCAGAUGCUGCUCCUUGUACUGAUGAGAGUGAAGACGAGAGCAGCGACAUGGAUAGUAAUGCUGCAGUGUCACAGAAACACGCUAAACGACAACUGAAAAGCCCCAAACUGCUUUCAAAACAGUUGAAGCUGGAUGUAAGCAAUCAAAGACCAGAAUGUGAAGCUGAUAAACGUGAGGAUGGGAAGAGAAGCCUUCUGGAAAAUCAAGAGCUUUGUCUUCAUGCUACUGCUUCAAAGGAACAUAGACCAAAAAAGAAACAGUUGCAGGAUAACCAGAAGAGGCUUAGCAGCUUUGGAGAGAGAGACACAGAGAGGGAGAGAGAGAGAGAGAGAGAGUUACAGAAGCAGCUCAUUCAAGGAGCUUUCUCCAAGCUGGAUUGCCAGCCAGGAGGCAAGCAUAAACACGUGAUAUUCCAUUCAGAUGUGGAAAGUGAAGCCGAAGUGGAUGACAUGUUGAAGAAAGAUGCCAGUUUGGGAAAUAUGCACGAGGACAUAGGGUUAUUGGGAACAAGUCCAGUAUUCUGUAGGGUAAUUCCAUAUGGGUAUGACCGUGCCCCUCUUGUUCUGAAGAUUGUUUUUCAUAGUGAAGUGACAGAAAAGAGUAGGUAAGGUUUGAAUGAAUAGGAAGGAUUGUUCUUUUUUGGUAAGAUGAAUCCGGUUUCAAAGAAUUUAACAGCGCAGCUGAUGUCAAAGGAUGGGGAAGAGAUUUGGCUUGAGGAGUGUAGAGCGACUCUGCUCUGUCCAACCAUGUGGAUGAAGAAUCUAUAUUAGUGCAGCGUUGUCCUUUUAAAGUGCUGUUGGGGUCCAGGUAAGUUGUGUGGGACUUCAUACACCGCACCUAACUGUGACCUAAUUUAGCAGCCUUCUCAGGCUUUUACUGCCGUGCUUUCAGCACAAUUAAGUCUACUCUUCUGGAACAGAACUUGUUCUAUCAUCUUUUUUUUUGUUUUGUUUUGUUUUUGUUUUUGUAGUUACAUCUCUGCUAAAGGGUCAAACCACUGGGUUUGCUUUUGUUGGCAUUCUGUGUAAAUGUCGUAAGAUUUGGAUCAUUCUCUCUAUUUAAUUAAAACUUUCUUUUCU